AAUAAUAUAAAUUUAAUCCUCAACUCAAGCAGAUACAAUCUACAAUUGACUACAACAUUUCUUCACAAAUCCAUGGAUAAUUCUACGUACUUCGGCGCGGGCCAGGCAUCUGGUGGAAACCCGUCAACCUACAUGAGCUCAACUGGAGGCGGUUCCCAAAGAGAAGUUUCCGGUGGAAGGACUGUCAUGGGAAGUGGAAUGGCAACAGGAACGCCUGCUGAAAGCCCCACAAGAAUGACAACUAUUAGAUGUUUUCCGGUGCGACCUGUUGAUGAAGGCUCCAGACCAUAUGAUAGCUGUGCAAUAAGGCCGAGAGCCCCCGGUGAAGGCUGUAUAUUAGGACGACAGAGAGACAUUGGUGGAGGCUGUGUGAUAAGGCAACAGGGAGAAGUUGUUGGGGGAGAAUGUGUAAUAACACAUCAAAGAGGUACUGGCGGAAGAGAAUGUGUGAUAACACAUCAGCGAGGCACUGGAGGAGGCUCAUGGACACCAGGUCAACUAAUUUCCUUUUUAUUUUUUCAAUUCCCUUUAUUUAGAAGUUGUAGUACCUCGCACAAAUCCUUGGGGAACUGGAAACAACCCGUUCGGCACUGGAGGCUUGAUCAAUAUGGACAGUACUCGCCCUCUUUCUGUCUACAUGAGUACCUACCCUGGUUCGGCCUACGGUAUACCGAACACUGCUCCUGGUGGAUAUCCUGGCGCUCGUCCUUCCGGUUUCUAAACCAGCUAUCCGAGUAG